AUGGAAAAAUCAAUUCAAGAAUUAUUUUUAUCAACAUUAAAUAUUUAUUCAUAUAUUAAUAGUGGUAAUCCAACUUCAACUUUAUAUAAAUCACAAAUUUCGAAUAAUAAAGUUAAUGAUACAAUUGAUUCCACUACAUAUAAUCAUGAUAAUAAUAAUAAUAAUAAUAAUAAUAAUAAUAAUAAUAAUAAUAAUAAUAAUAAUUACUAUAUAAAUAAUAAUAAUAAUAAUAAUAAUUAUAAUUAUAAUAAUAAUUAUAUGCAAUAUAAUCAAAUGAAUAAUAAUAGUAAUUUGUAUAUUACAAAAGAUAAUAUGUUAUUCCUUUUAAUUGUAGUUGUUUUAAUAUAUACUUUUAUUCAAAGAGAAAGAAAAAUGUUAUCCGAAACAAACACUUUCAAACAAAUUUUAAAUUAUACACCAACUCUUAUUGUAUUAGAAAUUAAUUUUGCUCAAAAAGUUGUAAAUACCAUCAAUCCAGUUUUGACAAAAUCAAAUUCAUCAAAUAAUUUAACUCAAUAUUUAAAUACAAAUACAAAUACAAAUACAAAUACAAAUACAAAUAAUAAUGAAAAUAAUAAUAAUAAUAAUAUAAAUAAUAAUAAUAAUAAUAAUAAUAAUAAUAGUAGUAAUAAUAAUAAUAAUAGUAGUAGUAAUAAUAUUAAUAUUUUAAAUAAUAAUAAUAUUUUAAAUAAAAGUGUUAAAAUUGUAAAUAAUAAUAAUAAUAAUUCUACCGAAGAAUUUAAUAAUAAUAAUAAUAAUAAUUCAAAUAAUAAUAAUAAUAAUAUUGAACAAACACAAACAACAUCUGAUAAAUAUUUUAGUAUCCAAUCAUUUUGUGAAUCAUUAAAUAUUGAUCCAAAUGAUUUUGUAUUAGCAUUAAAUAAUAAUAGUAAUAAUGAUGAACAAGAUAUUCAAAAUUCCAAAGGAAUCGUAUUGAAAUCAAUUGAUGGUACCAAGAAAUAUCGUUUCUCUGGAAAAUGUAAUAAAUCAGUAUUUAGAGGAUUGGUUUUGGAUAUUAGUGAAGAAGUAUCUGAAUUAAAGAAAUUGAAAUACAUUUUGGCUCAUGACCCAUUAACUGGUUUACCAAAUCGUUAUCGUCUCGAUGAAAAGAUUCAAAAGUUUUGUAACAAAUCUGAAACUGAUCUUUGUGCACUCUAUUUCAUGGAUUUAAAUAAAUUCAAAUCAAUCAAUGAUACCUAUGGUCAUGAAGUCGGUGACUUGGUCUUAAAACAUGUUUCCAAUCAAUUCAAAGCACAAAAGGAUUCCAAUGUUCUUCCAAUUCGAUUAAGUGGUGAUGAAUUUUUAAUCAUUAAAAGAGGUGUUGAAAAUGUUGAUCAUGCUGAUCAUUUCAUUUCACAAUUCACUAAAAACGUCUCUUCAAGUAGCUUCACUGUCGACGGUGAAUCAAGUUCAACCAUUCUUCCAAUUUUCUUUUCAUAUGGUGGUGUUGUCUUUAAAAAAUCUGAAACUAAAGUUUCUUCAAUUAUUAAAUCUGCCGAUGAAAAAAUGUAUCAAAUGAAAAAAGGAAUUAGUCAAAUAAAUGUUGUUGAAUUUGAAAAAAAUUAA